CCGGCAGGACCGGGGAGCUCCGAUAAAAACUUGGAGCAGAGGGUUAACCGGCUCAGUCCGAGCGACAAAUCCGAAGGACGAUCACAGUAUUGCUGCAGAGACGCGAAGAAGUCUGCGAUCCAGACGCUUUUUAAGUCGACCCUUUGAGUUGAAGACCACUCCAGUAGCCAUGACCAGAGCACUUGGUCCCCUAGUACUCCUCUCUGUUCUCUGCUGCUACCUAGCGGACAAUGUGGAGCUGCUCCGCUCUAAGAGAGGGACUCGUUUUUACCGAGGUGAGCCAAACAGGCAGCCAGCUAGACGGACGCUUUUGAUUGUUCAUAUCAAGAAGUCUUCACCUUCCUUUGACACCUCCUUACAUUGUGUGGAUAGUCAGACGUCAGCAGUGCGUAGCUUUGGGGACACUUGGCUGCGAUGGAGGGGACAGCGUGUGGAGUAUUGCCGUUGUGCAUUAAGGGGACGAGAGCGUUGUCAUGUUGUGCCCGUCAUCAACUGCUACGUGUCUCAGUGCUAUAACGGAGGAACCUGUAAGGAGGCAGUGUACACUUCAGACUACAUUUGUCAGUGUCCUCCAGGCUUCAGUGGGACUCACUGUGAAAUCAACACCAAAGAGAGCUGUGUAACGGGGCAGGGUGAAGGGUACCGCGGCACAUGGAGUAUCAGCCAUUCAGGUGCAGAGUGCAUCAACUGGAACUCUACGUCUCUGAGAGGAAGGAGGUUCACAGCUAGAAAAGUGGACGCCAGCAGUCUUGGCUUGGGCAAUCACAACUUCUGCAGGAACCCUGACCAUGACAGCUCUCCUUGGUGUUACAUCUAUCGAGGCACUCAGAUCGUCUGGGAGUUUUGUUCCAUGCCCAAAUGUCCCGAAGAUAGGUACCAAGAAUGUGUGCUGGGCUCGGGUCAGUCAUACAGAGGCACAGCAUCUGUCACUAAGAGCGGCUCUCGCUGUCUCCCCUGGGACACCCCCGCUCUCAAGCGCAAGCUUAACAAUGCUUGGAGAGCUGAUGCAUUGGAGCUGGGGCUGGGCAGCCACAGCUUCUGCAGGAAUCCAGACGGUGAUGUAGGCCCCUGGUGUCACACUUACAAGAACAUGCUGCUGACCUGGGAGCUGUGUGACAUACCUAAAUGCUCGAGGCGCCCAUCUAUCAUCACCACUUCCGGCCCACGUGCCCCCACCCCUAACAACAAUAACAGAGCAACAUGUGGCCAGCGGUUAGACAACACCCUGAACCGGCCGGCGUUCCGCAUGUUUGGGGGCAGAGAGAGCGACAUCACGGAGCAGCCGUGGCAGGCAGUCAUUAACGUCUACCAGGCCCGUCUCAGGCAACACUUCCACCGAUGUGGAGGCAUCCUCAUUGACUCCUGCUGGGUCCUGUCUGCUGCACACUGCUUUGAGGAAAAUGAUAAAGUAGAGAAGUUGGAAGUGAUUUUGGGAAGAACAUUUCGGAAGCAGAAUUCCACCAGCGAGCAGAUUUUCAAGGUUGAGAAGUACUGGAUCCAUGAGAAAUUUGACAAUGAAACAUUUGACAAUGACAUUGCCCUCUUGAAGCUGAAGACGGACAUUGGCAUCUGUGCUGUAAACUCUCCGGAGGUUUUUCCUGUGUGUCUGCCUGAACGUGGGCUGGUGCUGCCUGACUGGACUGAGUGUGAGAUCUCAGGCUAUGGAAGAGACACAGAAUUUUCUGCGGAGUACUCUGAGCGUGUGAAGAGAGGUUUCGUUCGCCUGUGGCCCAAAGAGCGCUGUGUCCCAGAUGUGCUCUCUGGACGCCCAGUUACCUCCAACAUGCUGUGUGCAGGUGACACCCGAGGCCUGGACGAUGCCUGCAAGGGAGACUCUGGCGGCCCGCUCGUCUGCAGAAACAAUGACAAGAUGACUCUGAUGGGUGUGAUCAGCUGGGGCGAUGGGUGUGGGCAGAGGGAUAAGCCUGGGGUCUACACACGUGUCACCCAUUACAUCGACUGGAUCAAUGGCAAAAUUACAGCAAACCCGGUCUAAUGUAAGAGAGACCAAAAGAAGAUGUUGUUGGAUGACCACACCCAUAAACGCAGUGGGUAAACCACCAGACAUGUUCACCAUUGAGAAGACAGACAGAGAUCCACAGGACUCUGAUUCUGUUCAUCUAUUGAUCUAAGCCCAACCUGAAGGAGGUUUUAAACCAGCAGGACCACUCCUACUGAGACGCACAUGGGGGACUUCAGUCAUGAGUUUUCAGGCUCAAUGCAGCUCUAUGUUCUCAUGUUUUCUCUUUCUUACUGGGAUGGAAACACAGGACAAUCUCUAUUUCCUCCUCCUGGGCCACCUUAAUCUAUGAUUUCUCUCUCUUCUUGUAUACAAAGUUGUGUUUUCAGAUUUUUGUGUCCAACAAACUGGAGGUUCAGGCUGUAAAUAUAGGAAAUAUCAGUAUGUUCCUCUGCUCUAUCCAGCAGGCUUUACGUUGGUUUAUAGAAGAAGUCACAGUGAUAGACUUCAGGUCAGUAGCACUUUUAACUUCAAAAGAGCACCUCACUCAACAUUAGCAUUUAGUUUGCACAGUACAGCGAGUCACAUAGGAAUUUAGGCAUUUUUGAAAGUUCUGUGCAAAGACUGCGUCACUGUCGUCUAGAUUUGAGGUUGUGUUGUCUUAACCAGUUUUAUUGCAGCAUCUGCAUUUGCAAGGGGCAUUUGAGGAGUUCCAGACCUUCACCCAAAACACAGAACUUAUCUGCUGGUUCAGAUUCUGCUUGGUUUUUUUUUUGCAGUUUUAGCUCCCUGACGCCUUGUUGACGGGAGUAGAUUUGGACAGGUGGAAGCAGGAAACUCUGAGAUACUCACUCCAUUCAACAAACCUGUGUCCUGUUAGCUGAAGCAUGAAAUCUCAGCUUUUCUCAGUAUUUUUUUUUUUUUAACCAGAUUUCCAGAGCACUUCUCCACCAGACACCUGGGUUGAGCCCAGCAUGUAUAUAUGCAUGUACAUUGUCUGCAAAUUGCUUUUAUAUUGAAAAUAACUGGGGGCUGUUCUCUUUGGAAUACUUUUAAAAUGCUUAUUGACUGCAAAGCUGAUCUCCUUAACAAACUUACUUAGUUCUGUGACUGGGGUUUUAGAUGUUUUGUACAAAGUUAAUAUUUAUGUGUAUUUUAUAUUGUUUUUAUUAUCUUGUACUGUAGUUUAAUAAUUUAUUGUCACCGUCAUUAUAACCUAGCCACAUACUCCUUUGUCAAGAAAUAAUAUUUGGAAUAAAUCUUUUUAUGCUUUCUGA